AAUGUUAAUCGAACAACCAAUCUUGACUCCGAGAUUGAGUGCCAUCCCCAAGUCAACAGAGAGACUACCCUGUACUUCGACAUACUCGAUAAUAAAUUAUAAAUAAUAUCUAUAGGACUAGGAGAUCUGUCUUUUCGAUUCUAAGCUUCUGGUCCGCGAGCUUUUGCCUUCUCUCUCUCUCUCUCUACGCUGCAACUUGCCAUUGGAGAAUCUUUUCGUCAAGUUUUCGGUCUGAUUUGUUCCUCAUCACAAGGAAGUAGCCUUUAAUUUGAAUAUGGAAACUGAGGAGUUGAUAGGCUUGCCUGCUUCGAGCAGUUCCGACAGCGAGAAAAAUGACAUUCAUAAUUCAAAUUCUGAGCCUGAAAUGGAUUCUCAAUGUAGUAAUUCAGAGAUCAAAGAAGAUGAGCUAAACGGGGAGAUCUUGGAUAAUAGGGGUGAAAUUGGAAAUAAAGAUCGUCAACUUUUGCUGGCUGCUGACAUUGAUGAGGACUUGGUUGACAAUCCAUCCAUCUUGCAAGUUAGUGUUGAAUUGACCGAAACUGUUGCAGUUUCAGAAAAGAUUAAUUGCCUAAACACUAAGAUUUGUACUGAGAAUGGUUUCAUAGCUGUUCGAGGUGGAAGUCCCAUUAGCAAUCAUGAGAAAGAUGUCAGUUCCAUAUCUGGUGUUAAGAGAGCCAGAGUGGCAGUUGAUGAACAACCUUCAGUGCAUGUCAUGUAUAAUUCUUUAACAAGAGACAGUAAGCGGAAACUUGGGGAACUACUACAGCUGUGGUCAGAAUGGCAUGCUCAACAUUGUUCUGCAUCUCAUGAUUCAAAUGAAGUGUUAGAAUCUGGUGAAGAGACAUAUUUUCCCGCACUCCAUGUUGGUCUGGAUAAGCCUUCUGCAGUGUCUUUCUGGAUGGACAAUCAAACGAGGAACCUGCAGAGCAAGGAGUUUGUUCCGUUGGAGAGUAACUCUGUCCCUCUUUAUGAUCGUGGAUACUCAUUGGAAGGAGGUUUGGAAAUAGUAGAUGCUUCCCGUUGUUUCAAUUGUGGUUCUUACAACCAUUCAAUGAAGGAAUGCCCAAAGCCUCGUAAUAAUGUUGCUGUCAAUAGUGCUCGCAAACAACACAAGUCUAGACGCAAUCAGAGUGCCAGUUCCCGCAACCCAACUCGAUAUUAUCAAAGUUCUCCUGGGGGAAAGUAUGAUGGCUUAAGGCCAGGUGUCCUUGGUGCAGAAACACGGCAACUCUUGGGUCUUGGGGAGCUGGAUCCACCGCCUUGGCUUAACAGAAUGCGAGAAAUAGGAUAUCCUCCAGGAUAUAUAGAUCCAGAAGAAGAAGACAAGCCUUCAGGGAUUACAAUAUUUGGUGAGGAGGAAAGCAAGGAAGAAAAGGAGGAUGGGGAAAUCCUUGAGAAAGACUGUCCUGAUCCACCUACAAAAAUGAGUGUUGAAUUUCCAGGAAUAAAUGCACCCAUACCUGAAAAUGCAGAUGAAAGACGUUGGGCAGCUCGGCCUUCAAGUUCUGAUCAUUCUAGGAGUCGAUCACAGCGCAUAGUUAACCAUUCAUCAGAACCUAUCAGCACAGGCUCGCGUACCGAGCAAAGGUUCUCAAGGGAUUACAGAUAUGAAGGCCCCCCUGGCUGUGACCUAGGAUUCAGCCCCGCCUUACCUAAUCAUUCACAGAGGUAUGGUUAUGAUUCUAGUUACGCUUCCUACAGUCCAGGAGGUGAUCUUCCAAGAAGCCCUAGUUUCGGAAGAUCUCUGUCUGACAGAGAUAGGAGAAGCCCUUUAGUCCAUGAUGGUUCUUCAUACAAUUCAUUACCAUACUCAUCACCAAGUAGACUGCUUUCAUCACAUCGAUAUGGAUCAGGCAGUUUUGACUAUCGGGAUGAAGACAGUCGGCAUGAGGUGCACCACCGUCAUAGAAGGUGAACGGCAUUGAUGAGAUAAAUCAGUUAAAUUGUAAGUUGCAGAUGGUCUAUUCAUAACCGACUAAAUACAUUAGAUUUCUUCAGCACCAACAAUUAGGGUGGUUUAUAUUCAAAUAUUAGACGAUUGAUGACUAGAUUAGAUGGGUUUGUGAAGUAUCUUUGUAUGUAUAAUUAGCUGAUUAUUGCACCAUUUUAAGUCUUCUAACCGAAUUUAGUCUUGAUAAGAUUCACAAUUUUUGUUUUGUACUGUAUAAUAGACAUUGUUUCCUA